AUGACAGAACAGCCACAGAGCUUGAGAGACCUCUUUCAAGCUGCAAAGGCCCAGAAGCAGUCCGUCGAAUCCAGCGCUGAGCCAAAUAGCGAUGCUUACCGCGGGGAAGUGUCGGCGGCCGUCGCCAAGCUCGAAGAAUGCCAGAGACUGAUCAGCCAGGUCUCGCUCUUCAGCUCAAACGAAGGUCUGGAGGAUAUCGCCACUACCGACUUGCAAUUUCUGACUGUCGACUAUCUCCUGGCUGAACUCGUCCAGCGCUUGUCGUCCGCCAACCGAGAAACUGUGCUGCGUCGUGCCUUGGGAGAAUACGAGAAAUACUUGACGCGACUGGAUGAUUAUAACUUGUUAUCGGCCCGCGAUAGGAAAUUAUUCGAGCAAUAUUCGGAGAACCCUUCAAAGUUCUCUCUCGCCUCGAAAAGCGACGCUGCCAACAGACGCGAGGUCAAGGUUGCCAGGUUCCGCGAAGAGAAAGAGCUCAAGCAGAAGUUAGAGUAUUUCUCACAAAAUCAGGACCGACUCCAAAGCGAUGAUGAAACGACAAGACAAUUAUAUUUGGCGGAAAUCAGCCUUUACACCCACCAGACUUUCCAAUCACUUGAUAUGAUUGUGCAAGAGCUAGACAUGCUCUCACAAAUGCGAAGCGCCCCUCCUACUUCAGCCGAGACCCUUCGAGAUGACCCAAGGAGACGAGAUGCUGCAAACCAAAAUACAUAUUCAGAGCGGCUCGAUGCCCCUCUCAGCCAGUUGCUGAGAGGUGGACGCUCAGGGCCGUUGUUGAGCAAGACUGGCAAACCUUUACAGCCAUUCACGCUGACAAACCGGCGUACCGAGCUCCAAAAUGGCGUCUUCAGACCAGGGCAUAAUUUACCGACCAUGUCUAUUGAUGAAUAUCUGGAAGAGGAACGGAAGCGAGGCGGCAUUAUUGAAGGGGGAAAUAAUGAUAUGCCUCAAGAAAUUGACGAAGAUGAUCUGGACAAAGCCGAUGAAGAAACUAUGAAAGCACGUGCCUGGGACGAGUUUAAAGAAGCUAACCCGAGAGGCUCUGGCAAUACAUUGAAUAGGGGCUGA